AUGUCUAGUCAACGUGGGAUGGAUAUUCCUGGGGUAGCUCUCGUAACAGGAGGGGCCUCAGGAAUUGGCAAAGCGACAUGCAUUCUUCUCGCGGAAGAAGGAGUGCGCGGACUCGCCAUCGCAGAUCUGAGCCCUGCAGCUGCUGAUGGCGUGAAGGAAGAGUGUUUCAAGGUUGCAUCUAACCCCAAAUUCAACUGCAUCACUAUCCCCUUGGACGUUCAGAAUGAGCAGUCUGUGAAUUCAAUGAUUGAAACAGUUGUUCGAACUUUCGACCGACUGGACUACGCCGUGAACUGUGCAGGGAUCGGGUUGAAGAAGGCCUUGAACGAUACAACAAUGGACGACUGGAACAAAAUGAUUGCUGUGAACCUGACUGGAGUAUUCGCCUGCGUCAAAGCAGAGACUCAAGCGAUGCUCAAGCAAGAGCCCAUUGAAAGCCAAAGGGCUUAUCAGCCCCUCCAGUCGGGGGCAAUCGUUAACAUCGCCUCUUUGGCUGCAGCUGCUGGUCUCCGACAUUCUGGGGCCUACACUGCUUCCAAGCAUGGCGUUCUAGGCAUUACACGAACUGCGGCUCUAGAUUAUCCCUCCGUGAAGAUCAACGCCAUUAUCCCGGGAUACAUUAAAACUCCGUUGGUCGAUGCUCCCGGUGAGAUGAGGAACAAUGCUCUCGACAAGGUCAACAACUGGACUCCGAUGAAGCGCUUCGGGCUACCUCAGGAAAUUGCAGAGGGCAUUGUGUGGCUCCUCUGCAGCAGAAAUUUAUAG